GUUGUCUGGACUCUGGAACACUCUCCAUGUGGCAAAACCAAAGAAAAUUCGAUAAAAUCAAUCAGGAAGAGGACAUAUAAACCAGUUUGCCCUUCAUAAGUCACCAAAAUAGUGUUGCUUUGCCAUGGCUGAGAACCAGCUCACUGAAAAAGAACCUGGUGAAUUAACAGAUUCAACACCAAUCUUACCAAGAACUUACGGGCGUUUGCUUGGAUCGAACACUGCUCCAAAAAUGGAAUGGCCCGAGUUAGUAGGGCUGACCCCAGAGGAAGCAGAGAAAAAGAUUAAGGAAGACAUGCCAAGAGUCCAGAUUCAGGUGGUAGAAGCUAAUUCUUUUGUUACCAUGGAUUUCAACCAAGGACGGGUUCGAUUGUAUCUUGACCCUUCGGGAAAAGUUCAGAGACCUCCAAAAAUUGGCUAAGAGCAGCUUGUCUCCAUUCUAAAUUAUAUUACUGCAUAAUAGCUGUUGAAACAGCAGGUCCUUAAUUUUUCUUAAUGUCUUUGGACUUUGAAAAUUGUUCAUCGGUUGUGAAUAUCCUUUGCCGUAUAAAGUUUUUUAUUGUUGUUUCUUUCUUUCUUUCUAGUACUAUUGCACUAUUACAUGAAUGGACGAUAAAGAACUUGUUAUUACAGUUAAUCUUUUAAACAAAACUAUGGUAUUAGCAACCAAGCAAAUUUCCUCCCCGACUAAGAGGCCCAGGGCAUUGCGAAACUGAAAACACCAACAAAAGUACAAAAUGCUUGGCACAACAAGGCCGACCUUGAGCCUCAUAAUUACAAACCUUCUUGAGGGGAAGGAAUUAUGAA